AUGCCGUCUAUACCAUUAGGUUUUCGUUUUCCCCUUACCGAAGAAGAACUUCUCACCCAAUAUUUGAGAAGAAAGAUAAAGCAAGAACCUUUGCCCCACCAUGGCGUUAUCAUUGAGCGAGAGAUCUACGCAAAAGCUCCAUGGGACGUAUUCACAUCAGAAGAUCCAUGGCAUACAUUAAAGAGCAGUGCCAACAAAGAUAAACAGGAAUUUGUUAUCUACAUCUUCACCAAGUUGAAGAAAACUGGUACUAAGAAGAGAGUCGUAAGGAGAGUCGGGUGUGGGACGUGGACCGGCCGAACCCAAAAAAUGAGUAUUUAUAAUCGACAGAAACAGCUUAUUGGUUUUAAGAAAAUGUUGGAUUUUGAAGCGGAUGUCAAGAAAGAUGAGUGCGCAAUCAUGCCGAGAGGUCAUUGGACUAUGCAUGAAUAUUCGUUGGGCGGUGUGAGUUUGGAUGGGCUAGAAGCUGAAGGUAGUAAUGAUCAUGAUUACGUUAUUUGCAAAAUCAAAAGAGAUGAUUCUAAACAUCUCAAGAGAGCACCAAAGCAUGAGGAAUCCAAAGAAGAAAACCCUAGUCGUAAGAAGAUGCGAUAUAAUCAUGAUGAGGCCUCUACAAGUACUCCACAAAACAACUCUGAUCAGACUGUAAUGCAGCAAAGGUUGUGUUCAUUACCCAACAAUAUUACAUCCUUUGAUGCUUCAACUACUACUACAAAGUCCGAUAUUCAGCCGCUGCAAGCACAUGAUGAUGAGACUGCAGGAUUCUUUGAUCUGCCCAACAUAACAGUCAACUCUUCUUAUACAGUAGCAGAGCCAAUUGAAGACUCGUUUUUUGACAACGUUGAUUUGGAAUUUAACAAAAUAUGUCCUAAAGAAAAAACGAAGAUGAGUUAUGAUGAUGAGGCCUCUACAAGUACUCCACAAAACAACUUUGAUCAGACUGCAGUGACGGUAAAUGAUCAUUAUGAGUUGCUUCCAACGCAGCAAAGGCCGUGUCCAUUGCCCAGCAAUAUUCAGCUGCUCCCAGCGCAUGAUGAGAUGGCAGAAUUGUUUGAUGAUCUGCCCGAUAUUGAGCCUCUGCCAACACAUGAUGAUGAUUUGACUGCAGGACUCUACUUUGAUCAUCUCACCAACACCAAUUCAAUGAACUCUUGUGGUACAGUAGAGGACCUGCAGCAGAUAGGGUCAUUUAACUUUGAUUUCGUGUUAGAAACUAAAUUCGGGGCACGCAUCAACGCUUUAUCUGAAAGUCUUCUGUCUGAUCACCCAUUACUUUGA